AUGGGUGAAAAACCCGAUCCUUCUCUUCACUCCCCCUCUCGCGAGGCGGCUUCAUGUACUCUCAUGAAGCCCCAAGCUCGCGAGCCUUAUGACCCAAGCAUCUCGUUCGAGGAGUAUUCUUUCUAUGCGCAGAAGACUAGAGAAGAGGAGUUGACUUUUGAGCCACCCGUGCUUAAUUUCUGGGGUAUUCUUGCAGCGAAGAGAGAGUCCCAUGAGCAUAACGACCUGCCAACCACGACCUUGACAGCGGAUGACUUUACGCACCGCGACAGACGGCUCUUGAUCACCGACGAGGAGUGGUCUAAUGCAAGCCGUUCUUUUAGGUCUGCCUCAUGGGGCGCAUGCUUCUUUCUGAUAACUACCGACAUUAUGGGGCCGUACAGCACCGGCUUCACGAUGGGCACGUUGGGCUGGGGUCCAGGCAUUGCAUUCUAUACCGUCUUUGGUAUCAUGGCUGGGUACUCAGGGUAUCUGAUUUGGCGAGUCUUCCUUGGCGUGGACAGUUGCGAAUAUCCAGCAAAGAACUACGGGGAUCUUGGCUUCCGCACACUUGGUCGAUUUGGUCGCUACGUCACGAACGUCUGCCAAGGGGUCUCUCUACUUCUAAUUGUGGGACAAGUCGUGAUCUUGUUUAGCCAGAAUAUUUCCCAGAUCUCCAAGUUCCGCCUCUGCUAUGCCGUUUGUGCAGCCAUUUUUGCCUGUGCUGGCUUUCUUAUGUCUCAGGUCCGCACCCUGAGGAACUAUGGUUGGUUUGCAAAUCUUGCAGUCUGGAUGAACUUAUUCGUCGUUUUCAUGACGAUAGGUGUUAUGGCAAACUCACCACCAAACUAUCCUAUUUCCACCUUGGGAUCUGCGGGCAGUGCGGUGAAUCCGGAAACCAUCAAGCCUGACAAAUCCGGCAACUAUCCUCCAAUUAUCCACUACAACACCAUCCCGAAUGAUGGGCUGAUUGGUGCCGUCAAUGGCAUGCUGUCCGGUGUGACGGCUUAUGCCGGCGCUCAGCUGUUCGUGGAGUUCUUAGCUGAAAUGAAACGGCCCCGUGACUUUAUCAAGGCAAUGUGGGGAGCUCAGUUCUUUAUUUACGCCGUCUAUCUCACGUAUGGCUGCAUCGUGUAUCAUCUGCAAGGACAGUACAGUUACAACCCGAGUUACCAGGGUAUCAGCAUCUAUGGAUGGCAGACCGUGGGUAACAUGGUCUCCCUUCUCGCAGCUCUAAUAUCAGGGGGUCUUUAUGGCAACAUCGGUAUCAAGGUAUUCUACAACAAUGUUCUUCUUGAUAUUUUCAAAGCUCCCCCUCUCACAACGAAGCGUGGGAAGCUCAUCUACGCCGCUCUAGUUCCCCUCUGGUGGACUAUUGCCUUCAUCAUCGCCGCAGCGAUUCCUGAUUUUUUUGGGUUUGUCAGCGUUGUGGCAGCCUCUAUGCUUCUCAACCUGACAUACGCUUUCCCCCAUUCAACCGGACCAGUCGCCAGAGGCGAUACAACUCGGAGCCGAUGGAUCCGAGGGUUCCUGGCCGGAGGCCCUGUCCAGGUUGCGGUGAACACUUGGCAUAUCCUCUACUUCUUGGCAUCACUCGCCAUGAGUGGACUUGGUAUGUACGCGGCUAUCGUUGGCAUGGUGGAUGCCUUCAAGAUUCCGCAAUUGAACUCGUUCUCCUGCGUAUCUCCACUGAACUUGAACGCAUAG